AUGUGGGAGGACCCAGACGAAUGUUCGGCUAGUUCGACCGCCUGGGCAACCGCCCUGGCAGAGCUUCCGGGUUGGGACGGACCCGCGUCGGCAGAGCGCGUCCCUCACAGCAAAGGGCCCCAUGCCAGCUCCUGGAGACUUGUAGCCGCUGCCCUCGAAGAUCUGUCAUGCGACCGACUCACCAGCACCACCGUGUCGGCCUUCCUCCGAGAUGGCUACGUUCACCAGUUCUUUAGGGAGCCAACCAGGACCUUCGCACCCCCCACGAACCAGACCAAGCUCGACUUUGAAACCAAGACGGGGGCCAUUAACGUUGUGCCCUCGCCAAACGACCCCUACGACCUCGAUACCAUCAAGGGCGACGCACAAUGGCUGAGCAAGAACGUCAAGACCAACGAGGUGGCCGCCCUCCGCAUUGUGCUUAUAGAAUACCAGUCGCGCGCUCACAGCCAUCUCACCGGGCCGCUGUCCACACAAGAUGUCGCCAACAUUCAAGAAGCCGCCGGGGUGGGGGACGCGCAGGCCUCGGCCAUCCUUGCCGCACUCAACGCGACAACGAUCGCCGAUGCCGAAUCGACCUGGACCGACUUCGAAAGCGAGACAACCCGUCGCCAGCGCCUACUGGCUACCUAUCUCUCCGAGCGGCGGUCCUUCUUGGGGGCCAUCGAUGCGCUCCUCGCCUUUCUUUUGCACUCGUGCUCGCCAGACGCCGGCUCGGAACUGAAGACCUUGCGGGAUGGCGUAUUGCAGGAGGCAUUUGGCUUCGACGGCGACGCGACGAAGCCUGACAUGGCCCGACUUGACGCCCUCGCCCCCACAUACAUCCGCACGCUCGACGACUGCUUCGUCCGAAUCCAUGCGCCACCGGACUCCCUCGACCUUCAAAUUCUGACGGAGCAGUUGCAGGUCGACUGGGUCAGGACAGCACUCACCGAGGCCAUCCAUGCUAUGGCGUUGAUCUUUCAGAUUUUGGAUCUCAAAGCCUCGCAUUUCGCCACGCCCGAGAUUGUGACCCAGUGGUUUGCGCUCAUGGACGCGUGCGAGUUCUUCGCGCCCGUCACCGGGGGCCAUGAGCUCCUUGCUGAACUGGCCAUGCCGCUUCACAGCCUUAUCAGUGCCAUUUCGUUAAAGGUGCUCAACAUUGACCGGACGCUUUUAUACCUAGACCAGGACGUUGAUCUGUUGGAAGACGAGGAGCCUUACCUGGCUUCGUCCGACGCCCUCACCAAGAUACACACCACAGUCUCGGCCGCUGCCAGUGUCGGGCUGGCUACAACAAUGCCACUUGUGUUUGCUUGGUCGCUCAUUCUGCACCAGAUGCAUAUCGGAUAUCAGGAGCGAGCCGAACGGCGCGAUCUACUACAAAACCAACGGGCACAAGCCGGCUUCGAACUGGAGUAUGAGCCAUCUAGCACCUCUGGGCGUCAGCGGAGGAACUCGGCCGGAAGCAUCGUCUCUAUUGAGGCGUCCUCGUAUGAUGUCUUCCUUGCCUCCCAGCAGCUCGAGCGCAACAUCGAGCCGGCAGAAAAUAUGGCUAGGAUGGCUACUGCACAGGGGCAACUCUACGGGCUCCUGGCUGAAAUGGCGGUAUGCUUGGGGUCCGGCCAGAGCGCCGCAUUUCGGCCGGUAUUAGGCGCUCGCGCCCGCUUGGUCUUCCAGGACCUCCUCAAGCGAAGCGUCCAUUAUGUUGGCUAUCAGUCGGAACCGGUCGAGUGCCUCCUCUCCAUUCUGUCCGGAGGUAGCCAAUAUUGGGAUAUCUCACCGGAAAUCUCUUCCAACGGGAAGGCCUCCCUUGAAAUCUACACUCGCAUGCUGGAUGACGACACACUCAGGACGCAAUAUAGCUCUCAAUCUCAGAGCCGCUUCCCUUACGAAUUCCUCCCGUUUUCCUCUAUCUGCCGCAUCCUGUCGGCGGCCUUGGUAACGGACAAGGAGAAUUCCGAAAUCAUCACCACUUUGCUCGUUAAGACCCCAAGCCUCACUGUCGACUGGGACCCUCGGUGGGACAGGUCGUAUGAGCUGGUUUUUGAAGAGGAAAACACAAACUCGUUCCGCCUGACCAGGGAUAUCGACCUCUUUGACGCGACGUCGAAAUCCAACAGGCGAAUCUCACCCGAAGAGAAGUCUACAAUGCCCCGCGGGACAUACGGUCGCUUUGUCACCGAUGUUGGGAGGGUUGCAAAGCUGGAAUUUGAACACUCUACGCUAGCUCUCUUUGGGAAGCGCCUCGAGGUGAACCUCACAGCAGGAGCCUACGACACCGGGCUGGGGUAUCUGACGGUGGAUGAACUCAUCGAGGGAAUAUCGCUGUUGGCGACGGUGCUGCGCACUGAGGCUCUCAAGUCCUCCAAAACGGACGCCGACCGAGGCCUAAGGAUCUUGACCGAAGCCAGCCGCUUGCUUCCGCAGGGCAAGGACAUCUUGAGCAUCAUCUGCGACACACUCGACAGUCUGGUCGAGGAAGAGCUUGCGGACCUGGAUGGCCCCAAGAUUGCCGCUAUGUCAUCUUGCCUUCAAUUCUUAUAUGCCGCACUCCCGGUGUGUCCAGGCCGCGUUUGGGCCUACAUGGCACGCUGCGCGCUCAUCAACAGUGACACCCGGUCGGGGCGCCUGUCGAGGAUCACAGCUAACCUUGACAUGUUCGCCGAGAGGUACGACCUACUCCUAUCCGCCGUGAGGCUGUUUUCCAGCCUCGUGGAAAGCGCCAUGACAAGCGCCGCCCAGAGGAGAUCGGGGACUAUCGUCAACGGCCGCUCCAAAGGGGAAGAGAAUCCUUGGCUUGGGGCUUCGGACAAGAUUGUGUCUCGGGUAUCUCUCUCCAUUGCUCAAACAAGUAUCGAUGUCUUCGAGAACUCGGCCACGUGGAGGUUUCCCUCCGAAGUUGACCGUAGCGUUUUGGUCCGGGACGUGGUAGGCAUCAUGCACAAAUUGGUGACGUACGCACACAGCAUUGGGCCGAGGGAUGCUCAGAAGAGCUUGACAGGAUCUCUCGCACCUGCAGCUGGGUACAUUGUGGAGAGCUUUCUUUCUACUUCGUCGAGCUCGCUACGCUUCCAGCCCCUCCUCGCAACUCUGUUAGCUGCUUUCCAGAUUCCCGACACGACGCUUUACCAGCGGCGCUCUCAGAUUGUGUCGGAGAGACUGACGACGGUGCUGGCGUUUGCUACCACUCUGUUGCGGGUUGCUGAUUACCUGAACCAAGCGUCAACCAACAUCCAGACACAGCUCUUCAAGUCCGCGUGCGUUGUUGCGCGGCUCCCAGCGAUUAGGCACUCCUUCCGGAUGCCAGCCAUCGCCCUCCUAAACGCGCUGGUGGAGAGCGCGGGGAAGAGCAGCGGCGAGCCCCCGUCUCUUCUCGGGUACUUGGGCCCGCAAGUGUCCCGUUCCUUCAUCCAGAUUGUCGGGCAGCUAGACAUGCCGUUCGACAGAACGCCGGAAGUGGCGAGCACCUGGAAAUUCUUCUCGACCAUUCUCCGGAACAGGCAGCAAUGGAUGGCCAACUGCCUGCUCACGGGCAAGACGCCGCGCGAGGCUCUCAAGGGCGAAGCCAAGAUUGCGCAGCUAACCGCGGGUUCUGUGCUGUCGACAGCGCUAGAGAAGUUGCGCUCUAUCAGAAACACCUCGAGCCAAGAAACCCUCGCCAUCCUUGACUUCUUCACGUCGGCCCAAAACUACUGGCCAUGGACCAUCUUUGCCAUGCAGAGGGAUAAGGCGUUUUUGCAGGAGCUUCGGGCUUAUGUCCGCGACCUCAAAGCCCCCGCGCGCGGUGGCCAAAGCCCGAUCCCGGCCGAGGCGUGCUAUCAGAAUUUCGCCCAGCGGAUAUACCGGAGUGCUCUACCGAUGACUUCAAAGAGGACUCUGCUGGUGCCGCGGGAUCUGGGGUCUCAGUACUUUUACGCGCUGGACGUUGCGGAAUCCAUGCUUGGCCACGACGCUGGCUGGGCUGGGUCACGCCACAACGGCUUCCGGCGAGAGAUGGAGGCGGCGAACCUCAACCUUUCUUUAGUAGAGGCCGAAGUUCCAGCUCCUCUCACUGGUCUCCGCCACGGUCAACGAGCGUCGAGAACCCGUGGAGCAAAGACCAGGUAUCCUACUUCACGCACCCUCCUCAAGAUCCUGUUCGUCGUCCUCCGCGGGUCUAAGCACUCCAACAACGCCGCCCCUCAAAAACCCGCUGCCGAAAGCCCCGUCGCCGUCACCCAGCUGGUCCUCACUACGCUCGACCGCGUCGUCGCGCGCUCCUUCCGCAACCUCGCCGCGCUCGUCCACGAACCCGACGCAGCCACCACGCCCGAGGACCUCGCACUCAUCACCGCCAUCCUUCAAGCCUGCCUCAGCGUCCCCGGCAUCGAACAAUGCCAACUCCAAGUCCUCAACAUCAUGUCCUCGCACGACAUCCUCCAAGUCGCCACCUCGCUCUUCUCCUGGUCCGACCGCCUCGCCGACAAAGGCGACCCCAUCUACGGCGAGCUGGCCCUCCUCCUCCUGCUCGAACUCUCCGCGCUGCCUGCCCUCGCCGAACAACUCGCCUGCGACGGCCUCCUCGGCCACCUCACCUCGGCCAAACUCGCCGGCUUCAUGCGGCGCGCCAACGUGUCCCCCCUCGCCGACAACGCCGGGGCCGCGCGCUGCUACGCCGUCUGGGCCAAGGGCGUCCUGCCCCUGCUGCUCAACAUCCUCGCCGCCCUCGGCGCCACCAUCGCCCCCGAGGUCGCCUACGUCCUCAACCAGUUCCCCAACCUGCUGCGCGGCUCCGUCGCCCGCAUUGAGGCCCCCGGCCUCAGCCGCACCGUUCCCGUCGGCGGUGCGAGUGGCACUGGGGGGUCGGGACGCGACCGCUUCGUGGUGACGCUGGUGGCCGUGUCGGAGGUGCACUCGCUCGCGCUGCUCACGCGGGUGCUGGGGGCGUUGGGGGCCGCGAAUUCGAGGGAUAUCCCCGAGGUGGUGUGGGAUGCGGGGGCCGUGUUGGAGAAUGUCGAGUUUUGGGCUGGCCAGUCGCAAGGUGUUGCGGGAGAGGCUGUUGCCGUUGGGUCCGCUGAGCUGACUGAUGGCCGACGCUGUUUUUUUGGUGGUUGGGGCUGGGGCUGGGAACGGGAGUGGGUGUGA